AUGUCAGAUCUAUGUUAAAAUUGUAAGCAUCGUUCUCUCAAAUAAAAAAUGACAGGCAAGAAAUUCUCUAUGCAUAUCUUAAACUAAAUUCAAUAAUUACGUUCUCCGCGUAAUAUUGAAACACCAUUCAUAAAUAUUAUAGAUUACUUAUAAAAAAUACAUAGAAAGAAAGACGAUGAUUAGGAAUAAGAAUAAGAAUCAGAAAAAUAAUAAUAAUAUAGUCACAUUCCAACUCAUAUAUCAAAAUAGAAGACAGAUAAUUAAGUAGAAGAAGCAACAACAACAACAUCUCGAUAAAUUCAAUUUCCAGUUUCAUUAUGUAUUUCUAGAGGUGCUUCUGCCAAUAAAAUAAAAAGCAGUGCAUUUUAUAAAAUGAGAUAAAUGAGUUUAGGUUCAAGAGAUAAAAAAAAAAGACGUAAUAUUGAAAUAGGCCCUAUGUUUAAUCAAGUAUCUAAGUAUGUUCAUCCUAUGAGACCAUAAACUGUAAGAAGUUUUAACUCCAAAAUUGAUGAUGUUUUUAAAUCAACUUAAACUACUUCUAGACAAGAACUUAUUAGACAUACUAAAUCAGAAAUCAAUCUUAGAUUACCAGUAUCUAAUAAAUUAAGUGAAGUACAAUCACUAAUGAGAAAAGAGUGA